UGUGUGUGUGUGAGUGUGUGUGUGCGUGUGCGCGCGUGUAUGCGCGCGCGCGUGUUUGUAUUCAAGGAUCGCUCCGUGUGUGAGUGUGUGGGUGUGCUUGCGCGCGUGUGCAUGCUUCUUGGUGUUUUUUUUCUUCAUCCCCUUAUUGGAAGCAAGGAGAAAUCUCUGUCUCUCUACUUACAUAUAUUUAUAUAUUUUUCGGAUUGCACCAGUCCAGGGGCUCCCCUGCUGCUGCAGAAGCAAAGGCACUUUUCCCAUAGUGGAAAGGAAGAGAGAGAGAGAGAGAAAGAGAGAGAGAGAGAGAGAGAGAGAGAGAGAGAGAGAGAGAGAGAGAGAGAGAGAGAGAGAGAGAGAGAGAGAGAAGGGAAAAAAAACCCCCAAACCGGAGAGGGAGAGCGGGAGAGAGACGGCACCCUCAGGCCUCUUUUCUUUGGGGAUCUUGGCGGGGGUAAUUCUCUAAAAAUACCUGCAAGCAGGAGAUGCAUUAGAAUAAAAUGGAGGAGGAGGGGUUGCAGCAGUGAUUCGUGGUGUUAUUUUCAUUUGGCUCCAAUGCAACUCCUGGGGCAGUGAUCAUUCAGGGCUCUAUUCUCCCCCACCUCCCCUCCCCCCAAGCCUAUUCCUCCCUCCUCUUCGUUUUUUUAUUAUUUUUUUUCACUUUUUCUUUUUUCUUUUUUUUUUAAACCGACAUUUCUCUCCUAUGCUUUGCCAUGAGAAUGUCCUCCAAGCUCCUUGCCCUAGUCAUGUCGUCUUCGUUUUUCAAUCCCAGUUUUGCAUUCAGCUCCCACUUCGAUCCUGGCCCAUUGCAUCUCACAGUGAUGUGGUGGGACUUGUGAGGGGACCUGCAUACCAGCACAGCACAUCCGAGUGCUUUUAACUGUGACAGUUCUUUAGAAGAAAACUUCCUUGGAUAUGAGACGGAGCCCCACUUAGUGAGCUGUCCUGGUCCUCUUCUCUUGCUGUGGUGGCUGUUUCUUUCUCUGGACUCUUUACCUUCAUCUUCCUCAUGCUGGCUUGCCUGUGCUGUAAGAAGGGAAACAUCGGGUUCAAGGAGCCCCCAGGGAACCCUGGAUCAGGAUCCACGGCUCACGGGAGGUCUCCGUCUCCGCUUCCCCCCCACCAGGAGUUUGAGAAUGCUGAGGGUGACGACUACACCACCGAGUUCUCCGUGCAGGGGUCUCCGGCCACGCAGAAUGGCCCCGAGGUGUACAUACUGCCCCUCACUGAGGUCUCACUCCCCAUGGCCAAGCAGCCCGGGAGAUCAGUCCAGCUGCUCAAGUCUACAGACCUGGGACGCUACAGCCUCCUGUACCUGAAGGAGAUUGGCCAUGGCUGGUUUGGGAAGGUCUUCCUGGGUGAGGUCAAUUCGGGCAUCAGCAGCACCCAGGUGGUGGUGAAGGAGCUGAAGGUGAGCGCCAGCGUUCAGGACCAGAUGCAGUUCCUGGAGGAGGCCCAGCCGUACCGGGCUCUUCAGCACAGUAACCUGCUUCAGUGUCUGGCCCAGUGUGCAGAGGUGACGCCGUACCUGCUGGUGAUGGAGUUCUGCCCGCUGGGAGACCUCAAGGGCUAUCUGCGCAGCUGCCGGGUGGCAGAGUCCAUGGUCCCAGAUCCUCUGACCUUGCAGCGGAUGGCUUGUGAGUUGGCAUGUGGAGUCCUACACCUACACAAGAACAACUAUGUGCACAGUGACCUAGCUUUGCGGAACUGCUUACUGACUGCAGACCUGACUGUGAAAAUUGGGGACUACGGCCUAUCUCACUGCAAGUACAAAACCGUGCAUGCUUGGCAGGAUGACUAUUUCGUGACGGCCGACCAGCUGUGGGUGCCGCUGCGCUGGAUCGCCCCUGAACUCAUUGAUGAGGUGCACAGCAACCUCCUCGUUGUGGACCAGACCAAGGCCAGCAAUGUCUGGUCGCUGGGCGUGACCAUCUGGGAGUUGUUUGAGCUGGGUGCCCAGCCCUACCAACACCACUCUGACCGCCAGGUGCUUACCUACGCUAUCAAAGAGCAGCAGCUCAAGUUACCCAAGCCCCAGCUAAAGCUGUCACUCUCAGACCGCUGGUAUGAGGUGAUGCAGUUCUGCUGGCUCCAGCCCGAGCAGCGGCCCACGGCAGAGGAGGUGCACCUGCUGCUCUCCUACCUGUGUGCCAAGGGGACCACGGAGGCCGAGGAGGACUUUGAGAAGCGCUGGAAGUCCCUGAAGCCCAGCGGGACGGGUGGGGCCAGCCACCUGGGGAGUGUGGCUGAGCUCUCCUCCAGCUUCCCGCUCCUGGAGCAGUUCUCAGGGGAUGGCUUCCAUUCAGAUGGCGACGACAUCUUGACGGUGAUGGAGACCAGCCACGGCCUCAACUUUGAAUACAAGUGGGAACCCAGCAGAGCAGAAGCCUUCCAGACUCCUGCAGGGACCUUGAGCCCCGGCCAUGCUGCUCACUACCAGGACCUCUACUACCCAGCCAGCUCCUCUGCCAGCCACAUGAGCCUGGGAGUUUCACCUUCCUGCUAUGAGUGUCCACCGCCGGGGGUGGUGCCCAUCCUCAGCGCUCACAGCCCUUCGGUGAGCAGCGAGUACUACAUUCGCAUUGAAGAACCAGCCGACUGCGAUCUGGACUUCACCAUGUGUUCCUCCAGCCCUGAGUGCCAGCAGGCGUCUCCUGAGGUGGCCACCCCUUGGCAUGACAAAGAAGGACCCGUGGGGGGGACUUAUGACUCAGACAGCAGCCCUACUGUGUCGCUGACCAUGGAGCCCCUGCUGGGGCAAGGACCCAGUGGGGAGGGGCCCUGGGAUCAUCCCGACUACUACUCCCAUAUGAGCUGUAGCAAAGACUCGCUCUCUUACCAGCCUUCCCCUGCUGGGGACUCACGGACUGAAGACAGUUUGUUGGGGGGAUGCAGGGAGGACACCAGCAAAGACUGGGGCCUUCCAGCCUUCCGGCAGGCUUUUUUUGAGGACCCGCUGGGAGUGUCCCCCUCAGGGAAUUCUGCAACCCUGGAGUCACCGGGUGGGGAGGAGGCCAUGGUGGGAGGAGAGUCAGUGAAACAGGAGACACUGGGCAGCCCUCCUGGAUCAGUGACCAUAGAGCUGGGUGAACAGGACAGUCUGCCCUACAGCAGCUCCCCAAACGAGGGAACCGAGGAGGCAAACUUGGCCACCCAGCAAAGACACUGGACCUCGAACGUGUCCGCCAACAACAACAUCAAUAGCAGCUGUGCCCUUGAGAGCUGGGCCUCUCACUUUGUAGACUCCUACUUGGGAUCAGGAGGGAGCCUGGGCUCAGGAGCUGACCUGUGUGAGUCUCCUGCCCCAGACUGCCUACCAGACCCGCCCCUUGCUGAGAGUCAGGGGUCAGAAGCAGCUUUCCCCAGGCAGGAGCUGGGGAGCCCCCCCAGCCCCCCCCAGCACUGCCAGCCGGAGGAGGACCCAACCCCGGUUGCCGUCUCUCCCUCACAGAUGACAGACAUAGAAACCCUAGAGAGAAGGGCGGUAGAUCAUGGGGCUGAUCAAAAAGCCACGGAGGAGGCCAUAACUCCUUGCAGGUCUCCAACCCAUUCUCCCUUGCCCUCUCCGCCCCAAGCCAGAGCCCCACUUCUCACCAGGGCAGCGGGCAACCUUGCCCUUGUUCCUAAGUCAGACUCCCCUGUGCCAUGGGACAGUAGCCAGAGUAACAGCAAUGAGCCAGACCAGACACUGGACAGCAGCGGUAGCUUUCCCGAGCUAGAAGGGCCAGGUAGUGAGGAUGAGGACACCACCGAGGCCACCUCCGGGGUCUUCACAGACUUUUCCAAUGACUUCCUUAUGGAGAAGCCUGACACAACCCCUGCGUUCCGGUCCCUCCAGAAGCAGGUGGGAACGCCAGAUUCCCUGGAGUCACUGGACAUCCCCUCCACGGCCAGUGAUGCGGGAGAGAUCUACAGCCCCACAGUGUCCUACCCUACCACGGGGCAGCCCCGCGCCCUCGAUAGUGGCUAUGACACAGAGAACUACGAGUCGCCUGAGUUUGUGCUGAAGGAGCCCCAUGAGCCCCGGGACCCCGAGGACUUUGGGCCCCUGGGAAAGGAGGAUGAGAGCCCCGGGUUAGAGAUGCGGCUUUCCUCCUCUGUCAGUGCUGAGCUGCACGGGCUGAAUGAGAAAAACCCCUAUCGAGACUCGGCCUAUUUCUCUGACUAUGACACGGAGACCGAGCGGCCUGCCUGGGGGAGGGAGGACGAGGAGGACAGUGAGGCCGGAGAAGGAGACUCCAGCCCCGUGGGCCCCGAGGCCCAAGGGUUCUCUCCCAACAAUCAGGAAAUGCCAACUGAGGAAGCAGGUGCUCAGCCACCUCACUCUCCUUCUGGGGAGCCCCUUCCUGAGGGGACAGUCAGCCCAGCCGUCAAAGAACAAGAGCAGGAGAGCCCCAAGGACCCAAUAGAAGGGUUGGCCCUUGCUCCCACCCCUGCCCCUGCCCCUGCUUCUGCCUCUGCUCCUGCCCCUGCCCCCGCCCUUGCUUCUGCUCCUGCCCCUGCCUCUGCUCCUGCCCCUGCCCCCACCCUUGCUUCUGCUCCUGCUCCUGCCCCUGCCUCUGCUCCUGCCCCCACCCCUGCUUCUGCCCCUGCCCCUGCUCGUGCUCCACCAAAAUUAUUCUUCCUGACUCCUGUCCUGCCAAGUGCAGAGGGCAGUGAGGUUGGGGAAGGCUGUCACAAGCCCCAGGAGGCCCCAGGUGUGUUCCCCGCCUUGGCGGACAAGGGAACUCAGGACCUGGUUCCUGGGGCAGAGGUGCAAGAGUGGAAGGAAGCCACGGCCUGUGAGAUCUCCCCGGGGCCCAGAGUGACGCCGGGGGAGAAGCCGGCCCCACGGCCAACCCCUCUGCGCCUGGACCUGUCAGAUCUGCCAGCACCCAAGGAGAGCCGGCCAGCAGAAGAGGAGGAGGAGGAGGACUCAGAGGACAGUGAUGAGUCCGAUGAAGAGCUGUGCUGUUACAACAUCCAGGAGCAGAGCGAGGAGAGCGAAGAGGAACCGGCUGCGGUGCCCAUCGUGGUGGCCGAGAGCCACAGUGCCCGCAACCUACGCAGCCUCCUCAAGAUGCCCAGCCUCAUGUCCCAGUCCUUCUGUGAGGACCUGGAGCGCAAGAAGAAGGCUGUUUCCUUUUUUGAUGAUGUUACUGUCUACCUCUUUGAUCAGGAAAGCCCCACUAGAGAACUCGGGGAGCAACACUUCCCUGAGGUGAAGGAACCGGCUUCCUCCUUCCUGCCAAGCAGCCCUGGUCCCCUAGGCCCGUCUGACCAACUCAGCACAGCAGACAAGUUCUCUGACAGGACAGUCUCUGAAGAGAGUGGUGGGUUCGAGUGGGAUGAUGACUUCCCACUAAUGCCGGCCAAGUCGUCUUUUGUGUCUUCACCGGGGCCUGGGGUGCCAGACUCCAUGCUGCCCAACCUGGCCACCCCACCGAAGCAGGUGCUGCCCGUCCAGUUUUCCCGCUUCACUGUGUCUCCCAGCCCUGUCUCCCGAUUCUCCAUUACGCAUGUGUCUGACUCGGACAUCGAGUCUGUAGGAGGAAGCAGUGAAGACGGUGACCGAGAAUAAGUUGGGCCUGGAAGGCACUUCGGGAUCUAAUAGUGCCAGCACAGCCCUGUGGAGCAGGGCAAGAAGAGACGGCCCUCCCGGCCCCAAGACGAAGCAACGGAGGAGACGGGGAGGGGGGUUGGCAAGAACUCAGCUCUAUUUUUUUAGACAGAUUUUAUCAGAGGCAUUUGGUUUGCUGCUAGCUCACAGAGACAUCAUCUCCACCCAGCCCUGCCUUCUGCCCCUUUGUCCGGUACAGGUGCAGCCACGGGCGAUGGUCUAUGUGGACAUAUGUGCUUGAAGGCAUGCGGGUUUGUGUAUAAAUAUACAUAUAUAAAUGAUAGCGUUAAAGGGUAGACUUGCAGAAUCCUGCUCCCCUUCUUAGCCUCCCCUCUCCAAGGGGGUGACAACGACCCUAGUACUGCUUGCUCCUCCUCAUGGUCUGUGACUUCUCGGGGCUCGCCCCUUCCUGCUGCCCCAGUGCCUCGUGCUCCCCUGCUUCCUAGAGCUGUAGUGGGGAUGGGAGCCUGUGUCCACCCCUCCGGGGCCUUCCUCUCUUCCCCUGCUCUCCCAGGCCCUGCUGUACAUACACUGGAUUUCUGAAUCUCCACCUUGGUGUCAGUCAGUAACACUGUCUCCCUUGACUUGUCACCCUCCACACCUCAGAGCCAUGGCUGGUUUCCUGAGCUGGCUCCUAGCCUGACCCUUCCCUGUCCUCCGCCCCGCCCCCAGCUUCUGUCAGGAGCUGGCUCUGCUGGAAGAUGGGGCAAUGGGAGGGACUCCCAUGGCCCCUGCUCUACUCUUCUCUUUUUUAAUUCCCUUGUUUGGUUCCCGAGCAGAAAUCUGGGCACUAUUUCCCAAGCAGCUGUUGCUGUCCGGCUACAGCUGGGGAGGGGGAAAAGUAAUGGGUCUUUCCCUCCAGUAAACAAGGUUUCCUCACCCUCAGGCCUUGGUGCUUUGGGGCAAUGGAGAUGGGUGGGUGUCACUACCAGCACAGCCUCAUUCAUCAGUGAGACUCCAGGAUUUCUGGGGUUUCCUAUCCCUCUGCCACAGGCCCAAUUCUAGAAGUUGCUUGUGGGGAGUGAGAGCUGAGGGAGAGAGCUUGGGGUGACCUCCCUACAGGGCACACGGGCAGUAAAUGGGAGAGCAGACUGGGCCUUAACUGACCUGAUCUGCCAAGAAGUCGAGCAAGGAGGGGACCCCUCCCACCCAACUGUCCACUCAUGUUCAGUGUUGGGGUCCCUAUUCCCCCUGCUCUGGGGCUAAGGGAGAGGUCGGGGAGCAGGGUGAAUGGCAAAUGGGGCUCUGCGGGAAUAUUUUUGUAAUGGCUGAUGCAGAGAGAAUGGAACAGUGAUCAUUUUAAGUUAUUGUUGCCAAAGAGAUGUAAAGAGUUUAUUGAAGGGGUGGGGGUGGGGGGAAAGGGACCUUAUUUUUGGUUUGUCCUUUUUUUAAUUAUUUGUUUGAGGCUUAGAAUGCUGGUGCAAUGACUUUUUUUUUCUUUUAUUUAAAAAGAAAUUAAGCUAAGAAAAAAAAGCCUUUAAGCCAAGAGAGUGUGUUCUCCUUUGGGGCCAACAGACCAACCCCUGUACUAGGGUUCACAGCCUUGGGAUUUGAGAGUGGGGAGAAGGGCAGGUGAAUGAGAAAUGUGUGUACCCAUCUUGUGCAAGAGCAUUGUGGGGGAGUGUGGGAGUAUGGAUCUGCCCGUGGGUUCCAGCCCACAUGUUCCAGCAUGUGUGUAUAGGUAAACAGGUAUGCUCUGUGUGUAUCUCUGGGGCAAUGACACAGCCUUACCUGGGGGGGGGGGGGUUCAGAGUCGCUUACCUGGGGGUGGAGACUAUUGAUUGUUUUUCCAUAAUAUUGUGUGUGUGUGUGUUGUGUGUGCGCACGUUCAAACGUGUCAUAGCUUGAAAGUCAAGCCCAGUUGGCAUUUGUUCCUAGAACGGUAAGAGACGUUUAACCCCCAAAUCCUGCAGGGGAUUCUGAAGCCAGGCCCUUCCCAGCCCUGGAGCAUGCCAGGUUUUAGGUCUUGGGACAUUGCUGACUCGGUGUUCUUCCUUUCUGUCUCUGAAAGUUUCCAAGACGCUGGGGGGAGGGAUGGAAGGAGGGAAUGGGACAGACUUGAACAGAAGAAUCUGAGAAGAGGCAGAGCCUUACUGCAGUUUUAAUGCCUGCAGGUAAACUCCUCUGACAGAUGAGAUGGCUAGGGAUUAAGAAGCCAAUUGAACCAGGUCCUGGGCUCCCCCUUUGGUAGAGAGACAGCCCGGGUCUGCCUUUAGGUAGGACCACAUCUCUUCCAGCUGUCAGGUUGGACCCUCCUGCCUCUCCUUUCCUGGGAGUGAUCCAAUUUCCAAGUCUCCUCUCAGCCCUCCCUUGUUUAGGCUAAAAGGAAGAGGAAAGCAGAAAAGAGAGGGGCUAAGGGACUGCAUUACCAAAACUGUGGCUGGAGUCAGGAUGGCAUUUGGGAAUGAAGAGUGGGACUUCUGGUACAGAUCGGGAGGGGGCCCUGUUAGGGAAGGGGGCCCUUGGUGACCAGAAACUUUCUAGACCAUCCCUAUGUUGCUAAAAAAAAUAUAGGGAACACCCUGAUUGACUCCCCCACCCACCCACACCACCCAUGAAGCCACCAAAUAAAUAAGGCACCAGUGGGGAGAGAAAGAAGUUGCCUGUAAAUGGUUUCUCCCCUGCCCCACCCCCACCCCCUAGAGAGGGGGGGUGGUCCCUCUGCCCCAGCUCUGAUAACAAAAAGCCACUUCAAGUUUUGACAAAAGUGGGUAGGAGGCAGCUGGGCUGGGGGGA